AUGGAUGCAGAAAAACAUCGUCUUCGAAUCUUGCAAAAUCUGGCAUCACUUCCUGGAUCUCGAGAUCGAAUUGGUGGACCUGUGCUAAUAAUUAACGUUUUUCGUAACGACUUAAACGAUAAAGACAAAAACAACGGUAAUAAUGCAGUUGCUUAUGAGAAUAUUGUUUCCCUUCUUGGUUAUUUUGCACAAAUACCCGAAGAUCAGGCUCGAUCACACGGAUUUACCGUCUUAAUUGACGGACGACGAGCCCCACUCAAGUAUCUUCGUCGAGCACUCCGAGCAUGUCAGCAAGCUCUCUAUCGACAAAUACGUCAAGUGGUUAUUGUGCAACCAGAACGAUUUUUGGAACAACAAAAGCUUAACUUUGAUCUCAUAAAAGAAGCUUACGAGUUUAAGACCUCACUUACAUCAGUUCAUAAACUAUCAAAAUAUAUUGAUGUUGCUCAAUUACCCGAAAAUUUAGGUGGUACUUUUCGCUACGAUCCCCAUAUAUGGUAUGGUUUAAGAGAGAGGUAUGAAAAUUUUAUUGUAAAAGCGAAUAACUGGUUACAAACCACUAAAAGGCAUGAAAAAGCGAGUCUGAACGAAUCGGCCGACAGUUUUGACUCCAAAAAAACUAUUAUCGCCACUGAUGAACUUUAUAGAAUGGGUAACGACCUGUUAGAUGACCUUCUACCGGUCAGUGCUACGUCGUUGAAAUCCGGAAAUGCCGAUUGGAAUGAUGCUGCAAAAAAAAUUGAAGCACUUUUGAAGGAAAUAAGGGAAUUAGAAGAUGCAUCUGUUCAUGACAACAAAAAAGUGCAAAAAACUUCAGCUUUAUCAACAAAAUUUAUGGAAGAUUUUGAACAAUCUGUCAACAAUUUAGUCUCCUGGAUAUGUGGAGCUGGAGAAAAAUGGCUUUUAACAUUACAUGAAAUCGGUGAUUCAGCAGAUGAUGCCAGGCAACUGGUUAAAGAUCAUAUUGAGCUUGAAAACAAAUCGAAGGAUAUGAUGGAACAGGUUAACGACCUAAACGAUAUGGCCGAUAAAUUGUUAGCUGAAUUUCCAGAAAAUUCUGGUUCCAUUGAAAGUAAUAAGGAACAGUUAAACAGAAUUUCAAAGGCAUUUUGUUCAAGGAUUGAAAGGCAAAAACGAGUGUCAUUACAAUCUGUGCUCUUUCACGAAAAGCUGAAUGAGGUUAGUCUGUUUAAGAUUUUUCUGUAUAGUGUUGCUUCGCUGAUGUUAAGUUCAGAAAGAAUCUAUCACGAAGUGAUUGAAAUGGGAGUCUCCUUCAUCGACGAACUUUAUGUAGAUGAAUCCAAUUCUGUGGGCCGUUCCAUUACACGUGACUACUCUGCAGCCAUCGUACAUAUCAGAGAAAAAAUGGAUGAAACACGAGAUCGAAGAAGAAGAUGCGAAGAUCUAUUAGACGUAAGACGGCUAAAACUGCAGCAACUUCUUCAACUGUAUACAUGUGAAAAAGACGGUGAUCAGGCUACAAAUUGGAUUGAAGAACUGCAUGAAACUUUGGUAAACGAUUAUGACGAAAUUGGAUGUAGCAAAAUGGAACUAGCGAUUCUUCGCGAAGACAGAAUGAGACUUGAAGAGACAGCAAGAAGCACUUACGAAUAUGGGAAACAACUCUGUCAGGUCGCAUUGGUACUACGGCGUUCAUUGCGCAUGGAAGUGCAACCCCAAUUGGCUCUUAAUCAAAGACUCGAAAAUGCUUGGGGAAGAUUCUGUAGAGCUGUAAGCGAGUCGGAAGCAAAUCUGAACAUUACACUAGCAUUCCAUUCAACAGUCAAUGAGGUCAACCUUAGGCUCGAUGAUCUCCACAGCAAAGUAAGCUCCUACCAAGCCAAUAGAAAUAAAAACAGCUCACUGAUCUACUCAAUAAACCUUGAAAAGAAACGUUUGGCGGGGGAUAUACGCGAACUGAAGCAUAUAGCUGAAAUGCUAAUAAAGCAAAUUGAAUCAAAAAGCGACAGGUUUUAUUUUAGCUGUUCACACUUCUUUUAA